AUGAGCCGUAUUCCGAGAUUGUUUAAUUCUAAUGAAGUGUCGAAAAAAUGUAUAAGAAAUAAUAAAGUAAUCAUAUUAAGGUUGUGGAUAUAUAGUCUAGCAUUAAUUCAUUUAGUUGUCAUGACAUUCAAGUUAUUAAACAUAAACUUUAGUGAAGCUGCGGAUCCGACAUUGUGGCCAUAUCAGCAAUACAGAUGGAAAUUCAUUACGUCAUGGUUCAAUUUCUUAACAAUGGGAUACCUACCAGCAUGUAUUUAUUGUGAUUGGCGAGCACUGAACGGUGAAGCUGACCAGCGCCACGUUAAAGUACUUAAUCAAGUUCGAUUUAUAUGUUUCACCAGCAUACUGCUUCCGACUACUGCCUUUGCAGAUAUAUUAUUUUGGCGGCUUUGGAAUAAAAAUCGAGAAUUAGUCGCACCUACAGCUGUUGACAUUCUCGUACCCGUCUGGACACAGCACUGUAUGCAUACAGUAUCUCUAAUUUUUGUCGUACUAGACCUAAUACUCGUACCCAGGAAGCGUCCGGACAAUCUGUUACAUGGCCUAAUACCGCUGUUCAUAUUUCUUGGAGCUUACUUAAUUACGUGUCUAAACUGCGUCUUCAACGAAGAGUACGUCUAUCCAGUUCUCAAGGUGCUAAGUCCCUUCAAGCUAUUAUUAUUAAUGUUCUUUGUGUUUCUAGAAAAUAGUUUUUAUUAUACUUGUCAGUGGUUUAUCAAUGAUAUGAUUUGGGGUAAGACUGAUCUCGCUAGGUCUACAAAAUUGCAUACUACGUCCCGACUUUCAGAGUCCAUACGUCCUGUCACAAAGAAACAUCAUACAAGACGACAUAUAUCUCGACUUUUCUAUGGUGCAUAA